AUGGCGCGAAAAGCUGGUAAUGGGUGCAUCACCUGUCGCAUACGUCGUGUCAAAUGCGACAUGACCAAGCCGGCGUGCCAACGCUGCUUAUCUAGCAAACGAAAAUGCGAUGGCUAUCUCCCAGAGGACUCAACAAUGACACGUCGUCAACUCGCCGAGGUAGCCCGUCGCAUCUCAGUCGUGGGCCCCAUUUCACAAGCUCUGUGCCAGUAUCCCAUAAGUGCAGGCACCAAAUCUGCGAACUUGACGCUUUUCGACGUGUUUCGUACACUUACGGCGCCUUCAACUGCUUCAUUUAUACCGUCGCAGUUUUGGACGAGGGAGAUUUUACAGUUGGCGCAUAGUGAACCUGCGGUGUGGCACGCUACGCUUGCGCUGGGAGCGAUCCAUCAAAGACAUGGGUUGUACUUUCAGGGUUGCAAUGACAAGAGCGAGGAGAUGUGGCUUGAAGCGAACGACAGCUAUGGACGCGCGAUAUCUUGUGCGCGACAAGUGAAGGAUCCUGCCAAGCUAUUGUCGCUGUGCCUUGCUCUCGUAUCCAUCGCGCAUCUUAUAGGGCGCUGGUCUGAUAGUCAGGUGCAUAUUAUGGCUGCUCAUGGUUUGUUGAACCAAGCAGGAUACAGUACAGAAACGUCAAACGCAGCUGAGAUGCUGACGCGGUUGGAUCUACAUGCCAUGACAUUCUCUGACUCAAGUGCGCCGUAUCCUUACAAGAGCGUUCCGAGUAGAGUGUGGGUCGAUGAAGAUAUGCAGCGCAUCGCUGGUUUUAAGAGUUACGCACAAGCAGGGACGGCGCUAUUUGGGGUUAUGAGGAGACUUAUGAUGAUGGGCCAGAAAGGAUACGACGAAGAUCAAGAAACCAUGAGUGAAAAUCACGACAUGUUGACAGUCACGAAAAGGGAUCUUGCAUCUUGGGAGUACAAGAUGGCAGAAUUUGAGAGGAACCACCCCAGUCCACACGAUCAGAGAGGAGCGGUAUCUAUCAGGCUGUAUCACACUCUAAUGCGUACGUUCCUAGCAGGAGGAGCAUUCGGACCAGAAAUGCGAUGGGAUAAUCUUGUUGGUCUUUACGAAAGGAUCCUCACACUUGCUGAGACACUAUGCGCCGACACACAGAGCUUCCACGUCAAUUCACCUCUAUCUCUCGAACCAGGUGUUAUCGUGCCAGUAUUUAUGGUCGCUCAACGUUGUCGUCACCCAUGGCUACGUCGUCGCGCGAUUACACUUCUCUACAAGCUCAAACGACAAGAAGGCAUGUGGUUAAGCGACGGAGCAGCAGCAGUGAGUAAGAAGAUAAUGGAGCUUGAAGGGCAGACGUAUUUCAAAAGCGAUCUUGCCAAUGAUGAGGAGAAUGCAUCAUCAGCUCUUGCUUUGGGGGAUAUUCCAUGGGAAGUGUGGGCGAAUGUCGAUAUUGAGGAUUUACCUGCCAAGACGAGCUGGGCGGGUAUUGAGAGAGUUCCUGAAGAGAAGAGAAUGCGCGAGACGAUGGUGAUGGUUUUUACCGAAGAGAGAAGGAUUGAAUUGUCGCUUAUAAUGAGUGCUGGAGAUGAAUUGGGAGCAUAUGGUGAAGUAAGGACAGAAUCGAUAACAUAUUAA